CUGAAACGGAUGAAAGGGGAGAGGUAAAUAUUGUAAUGAGGACAAGAGGCGUGCCAGUAAUCAAGGAUUUUUGGAUGAAGGCGCGCGUCUGGAGGAACACAUGGGAACACGUCGGAUCAAUUACGCAGGGUCACGGAGCCGCCGUGCGAGAAGAGGGGCUCCUUGAGGCGCUGCCGCUGCUGCCGCUGCCGCUGCUGCCGACGCUGAAUGAGAUUAGGCACCGAAACGUGCGCCGCACCUAAAACUAAGUUUUGAAGGAUAUUAAACCAGAGGACGGGCGGUGCCGUGCGUCAAGAUGCAGGGUCUGAGCUCGCGGGCUCACGCGUUUUCGGUUGAAGCGCUCGUAGGGAAACCCUGCAAGAGGAUGAAAGUCUCAGAAGGACACGAACCGAGUUCAGCUGAAGACGGCGAUACGAGCAUCUUCACCGGACUGAGCCAGGCGAAGAAGGCAGCUUCAUCGUCCUGUGACCCGGGCAGACAGGCCGACGGGGCUGGAGAGGAGAGCGACCUGAGGGACGGCGACAGCCGCCCGGACGGAGAGGUCCGCGUGGAGCUGCAGGGCUCCGAGCUGUGGAAGAGAUUCUAUGAGAUCGGCACCGAGAUGAUCAUCACCAAAGCUGGCAGGAGAAUGUUCCCCUCGGUGCGCGUCAAAGUGCGCAACCUGGACCCGUGCCAGCAGUAUUACAUCGCGAUGGACGUCAUGCCCGUGGACUCCAAACGCUACAGGUACGUGUACCACAGCUCCCAGUGGAUGGUGGCCGGAAACACGGACCACUCCUGCAUCUCCCCGCGGCUCUACGUGCACCCCGACUCCCCGUGCGCGGGAGAGACGUGGAUGCGUCAGGUCAUCAGCUUCGACCGCGUCAAACUCACCAACAAUGAGAUGGACGAUAAGGGACAUAUUAUUCUGCAGUCGAUGCAUAAAUACAAGCCACGUGUGCACAUCUUCAGACACGACUCCCGGAUGGACCUGUCCCAGAUCCAGUCGCUGCCGGCCGAGGGAGUGCACACCUUCUCCUUCCCAGAGACCGAGUUCACCACAGUCACAGCGUAUCAGAAUCAACAGAUCACAAAGCUGAAGAUCGACAGGAACCCCUUCGCCAAAGGCUUCAGGGAUCCAGGGAGGAAUAGGGGGGUGUUGGACGGCCUGUUGGAGUCAUAUCCCUGGAGAGGCCCUCUCAACUUGGACCUGAAACCAUUCAACAUCCAGCUCCAAGGGACCUCAGGACCCCCGGCCAGCGGCGUGAAGGGCCUCCUCCCUCUCGCCCCGUCGUCCUCGCACCCUUUCUCCGUCUCCUGCCCGGACGCCUCCCUCCGCGCCCUCGGCCUCCCUCUCUACGCCAAGGCCUCGCCCGCCCCGCUGCCCGGCCGGGCCUUCUCCUCUCUGGGCGCCGACAGGCUGCGGGCUCUGCCCCCGCUGACGGACCUCUCGCUGCUGUCGGCCCUGCAGGCGAAGAAGCCCCCCCACUGCAGGGACCCGUGUCUGCACCCCCCCUGCCUGGUGCCCGUCCACAGCCCCCUCAGCUCCCAGGGUCCCUCGCUCCUGCCCCAUCUGCUUGACGGCCCGUACUGCCUGUACCGCUACAGCCUCCCCCUGAACCCCCAUCUCACGGCGCUCUCGCAGCACGCCAAGCUCGCCGAAGACGCCACAGACUGUCUGCUGCGCCAGUCCCCGUGGCUUCCAACCUCCAACCACGGCCUCUGACAGCCGGGCCGAACUCGCAGGCUCUGGCCCAUAAGCCAAGGCCUAUUGCCACGAAGGAGAAGGAGCAAAAGGAGCAAUAAAGGGCCGAGCUGCGAAUGAAGGGACACGCUUGUAUUUGAACCUUUUUGAACCAUGUUGGAUUUAUCAGCACAAGGCUGACCUGGACGCACCGCCGUGAGCCAAGAACGACAGUGGAGCUGGACAAAAAAGGAGCAAACUGUCCCCAGCUUUUGCCAAAGAGCCUCCGCUGUACGGCCCGAACUAUGUAAAAUACCAAAACUGAACAUGGGAACGACUGUUAACCGGCAAUUAAAGUAUUUUUCAUAUUUUUGUUGAGAUCUCGAGUCAGUGUUCAAAAUGUUUUAUUCCGUCCGCAGCACACGUAAACAGAGUGGAUGAGGAAACAGCUUUUUCAUGUUUUCCACUCUCACCGAAACGAAAUCACGACACAGAACCUCACACACAUG